AUGGAGCAGGUUGGGUUUCCUCCAAGUCACUGUCAGCUCUCUCUGAGGUGCGUCCUGAAUGUACACGAGCAGCCAGUGUGUGAGGAGCAGGCCUGGGCUCUGUGCUAUCAGCUCUGCUCACUGCUGGAGAGGAACUUCAGUCUGGAUGAUGGACAGAGUUACAGUUCGUGGAAGAGUCUCAGGCUCCCAGGACUGGACGGGAUUUUCCUCUGCCCCGAUGGCAACGUCUGUCUGAGAAUAGAGCACAGCGAAGUGGAAGACCAGUUUGUAAUCGAGACAGAAGCUCAGACAGUAGACUACGUGGGUCGUCUGAUAUACUCAUGCCUGGACUGGGGUCUCAGUGACGACAUGGAGCGAGAGCUGGACGAGACUCUGGAGCUGCUGGUGGAUCAGAUGACCAUGGAGGACCUCAGUCUGGAUGCUGAACACUGUCUCCAGCCUAUAUGCACCAUCUCCGAGGUCCUGCAGCUUUGUGAAGAGCACCUCUACAACCCGCGGCAGGCGACUCAGCACUACAGGAGUGUGUGUGCAACGCUUUACUCGCACACCAUCGAGCUCCACAACUAUCUGCAGAUCAUCCAGCAAACCCAGGAGACACCACAGAACCUGCUGGACUCAGAGAACCGCCCGGUCCCGGAUAUGACCGCUAACUGGAGGUUCAUGUGGAAGCACCUGAUGGACGAGUUGAGCAGAGGCGUGGUCCUGCGUCCGCCGAGGGACGAACCGAACUCCGGAGUCGCUCUGACACUGGACACGUCUCCUGCCACUCGACUCCUGCAGGACAUCCAGCUCAGACGCUACAGCCUGCGCAAAGUCAAGGUGUUGGAGAACGUUCAUGGAGAGCGAGGAGCUGAUCCUCAUCAAGCGCUGCUGGACUUUAUUCAGUCGAGGCCUAAACUGCGGCCGGUCUCAGAGAGAAAGCUUAAACCGAGAGUCCAGAAGCUGAAACACGAAGUCAGUCUGCACGAAUUGCUGAUGCAGGAAAUCCGCUCUUCUGACCCAGUGAAGCUCCUGUCCUCGUGUUGGAGGAGACGCUCACACAAAGAAACCGAAUUCAGAUCUCCGUCUCUCUUGGUGGAUGACGGCACGUCACCUGAGAAAUCCCUGACGCUGGUCUGUGCAGAUCCCCACGGAGAUGCGUCCUUUCUGAAUGCAGUUCACAGAUCUGGCCAGGAGGAGGCACCGUGCAGAGAGACCAUGUGCAAAGAUGGCUUUAAUCCACAGGAGGACAGUUACACAGCAGGUUCAUCUGUGAAGAAUCUGAGCUUCUCUCCUGCUCUCUUCUCCACACCUCGGAGUCUGUCUGAAGACUGCAGGCUUUCCAGAGGAAAACGCCGCACACAAUCUUUACCCAGUAACCUGGAGGUCCACCAGCUGGCAUCAAACAAAGUUUCUGUUCCCACAACGAUUGCUGAGGUCAUCAAAACGCAUUACAGGAAGGAAGGGAAGUCCUCGUGUGAUGUGUACGGGAACUGGCGGAUUUGUUCAUGUUGUGCAAAGAGAAGUUUGUAUUUCACCUGGCACAACUUCUGCUCUCUGUGCAAAAGGGUUGUGUGUCCAGGGUGCUGUGUAGAGCUGUGUCUCCCGUUUAAAUGGUGCCUCAACCUUCCCAUAAGCUUCUUUAAGAAGAUCGUAUUGACGAAAGAACCCGAGGAAAGUCAGAGACACUUCUGGAACGAGCGAUGGUCGUGGGAUCCGUCCCGGGUUCCUCUGGUUCUGGCGUCGGCUGGCUCUUCGGCUCCUCACGCUCUGGCGAUGAGAGACUGGCAUAAUCAGGACGUGUGUGUUGGAUGUCAGGGGCUUCUUCUGGAGGCGUGCGACUCCCCGGCGCCACCACUUGCGAUUAAAGCACCUCGAGAGAUAUAAACUGAUGCCUGUCUUUCUUUCUCUCCUCCUUUCUUCUAAUUUUUUAUUUGUGUAUAUUAACAACCAAUAUUGCAAAUGUAGAACGCUGUGUAAUGUCUGUUAGCUGUUGUGGGUUUAUGGGGGGGGUUAUUGUUUGAGCUUUUAAGCCAUCUUUAACACUGUUCCUUUAGCCACUGGUCACUGUGGAGGUGUCUUGUUGUGUUUAUUUCAUUCGUUUUAUUUGUUUUUCUGGGCUGUUGAAG